AAGCACAAGGUCGUCGCUACCACGCCAUGUGUCAUGAUCACCUACAAGCAAGGACCAUUGACAGUCGGAACACCCGUCCGGUACACGACGUCAAAAUUCGACACCGCAGGAUCUGAUAGGACAUAAUUUACCCAAGUUUUCACUUAACGGCUUGAUCGUAAACAAUCAACAACGUUUAUUGGCGAGGUGAAUAAUUAUAGACGGAGUGUAAAACAAUCCUGUACGCUACGCCAGUGACGUACGUCGAAGGUGUAGAUACCUGUGAGUGAAAGUAUUAACAAUGCUUUAUAAUAAUGUAAUCAGUUGGUGAUAAGUGCAAUCAGUGUUUAAGAGCGCACUGACCGGUAUUACUUCAGUUCCAAGAUAAGCCCGACAUGUAUCAACACACUUGAACUAGGCGCAGACACCGACAGUACAGAGGAAAUCCUGUACCCAUACCUUCCACGUCUGUCGGACCAAAGUUUUAAAACAAGUUCAUUUUGUGUCAGGAUACACACAUCUGAAAGGCAUAACAAUGACCUCCGAAACAACACUUGCGUGUAACGUGUAAUCGCUGAUGAUAAGUGAUAAUAUUGUUCCACCUGAAGAACGAUUUAGGUUUAUAAGGUCAAAGCUCUCCCGAUAUCUUCUAUGGAGGCAAUUGGUCGUAAAAUUGUUUUUUCGCGUGGUAGUGGUCAGUGUUAAUACACAGUAAAGUGGGGUGUAUUGAAAGUAGGACAACUACAACAGGGGACGAGUGUAUUAUACAGAUCUUUAACGUGAAACAGUCACGGACGAUUGUAUAUCAAAGUAUACAGUACUUGAGAAUGAUUACGAUUCACGGAGGAACGAUCACAGACAGAAUGCAGUGAUAUAAUCACCAAUCUGGAAACAUACGAGUGAUAAAUAUAAAAGGCUUUACUGUUGCACGUGCAUUGUUCAAGGCUUUAUUGGUGCACAUGCAUUGUUCGCUUAUAUCAGAUUAAUAUGGAACAUGUUUUCAAACGUGCUGAACACGCAUGAAACAAAGAUUUGGGACUAGUAUUUGACGAAAAUAAAGAAGCAAUCCUAUUGUGAAAAAACUUUUUAUUGCAAACCUGUUUUUAUAUACUUAUUGUGGUAAAAUGGCGAAACCAAAAGCCCAGCUGGGACUGGACACGGAGUAUGACGCACUAAGACGACGGAUGAGUCGUAUACGAGUCAAGGAGGGUCAAAAACCGACAGCAGAUGAUAUGGACGUAAUAGAGGAGGAGGACGAUGAGAAUUUUAAAGAUCUCAUUAAAUUUUGGAAGAAACAUAAUGUUGGAUUUGCCAAGGAAAUGAUGAAGAUGGUGGAAUCGAAUAAAGCCAAGAAGACAACAAAAACGAGGGGCAGAAGAAAGUCAAUUGAGUUUGAGGACUUAAACCAGACUUCAUCUGGAGGGCUAAGCUUACCUGCUCACCUAGUAUCAAAACAGGGUAAAAUACCAGAGGAGGAAAAAGGCGAGGAGAGCGACGAUGUCCCCUCUAUAAGGAGACCAAAAAAGAUGUUGUCCCAGAAACAACGCAGUUUUACCUCAAGUCGGACAAACUCGAGAUCUAACGUGGCAGCCGGAGAGAACGGAUCGCCCCGAACGGACGGACAGACGAAAAAGCAUGUGUUUCGUAGGGCGGACUCUGAAAACAUGGCAUCGAAAUUGUCAUCAAAUCCGAAACAAACACGUGAGAGGAUAGCGUCCGAAUCGAGCAGUACCAGAACGGGUUCAGCCAAAACAGUCAAAAAGAAAUAGCAGACGUAUAUGGAUAUUUGUGUACUGCUGUCAGAAAUGUUAUUUGUCGGUGAUACAAUUGUCUGUGAUAAGUGAUAACAGUUGCAAUAAUGCUAUGAGUGAAGGCUACUUACUGGGGUUUUCUCCUAGAAGGUUAUUGUAAACAAGCACUAGUAAUCACUUACUGUAAAUAGCAAACCCACCUCCUCUGGUGGUAUAACGUUUACAGACUCUUGUGAUAAUGGCGCAACGUGAUCUACUGGUUGGUAUACACCUGAGUAAGUUGAAUAAUACCUUUAUACGUGAUUCAUAAUAGUGUUUUUGUUUGAACCAUAGUAAAGUAAAAUAUGAAUUGUGAAAACGUUUUACUUUAAUGUGUUUUUGUAUAUAAAAAGAAGAAAAAUAAUUUUAAUUCCAUGAGAAUCUUGCAACUGUUCGAUGGGAGAAAGCUGGGAUGUUUGUGAGAUGUGUAACGAGAUAUAUCCAUGUUUGUUUAUCUGAUGUGCUGUCAAAUACAAUUUAAAUAA